UCCAACACCACAAAGAGCCAUCAUCAGGCCCCAAGUACGCUCAUGUGUGCCAACCCAUGUACAAUGGCUGUGCAAACAAAAUUGCCUUGACAACAUUACCCUCCCACAGAAAAAUCCAAUUUCCUUUAAAUCCCAAUUCAAAGUGUAAAAUCCCUUUCACUUUCCCUCAUUUUCACCAAACGAAGCCUGAAGCCUGAAGCCUGAAGCCUCACGCUGCAGCAUCGGACUUCCUACCCACACAAACAGCAGGUGACUAUUUUUCCGGUUCACGGUCACACAAAGAACCGUUUUAACACUUUACGCGCAUUGUCUAGAUAGGAAGACAUUGUCGGCAGCCAACGGCCAAGUCCGCCUGCAAAUCAAAUGUGCGGGUCCAAAGUGAAAAAUUUAAGCUCGCUUUUCGGUUCCGCACUUAAAAAAUCAUCCAAGAAAUCCAUCCCUAGCUCAGGAACCACUUAUAGUUCCGAAAUAGUGGACAAGCCACCGAAGGGAUUGCUUAAGGUAUCAUCCAAAGCAGCAUGCCGCUCGAAGAAAUCCGCUUUGAAUACUUCGAGCAAAUUGGCGCUGGACACACUGUCAGCGGAGUCGCAGUCGGUUAAUUCUGUGGAUUUCAAGAAGCUGCUAUCUGUGGAGAUAUCUUCUUUGUUAUGUGGAAGUACGGUUACACAGUCAUCCAACUCCUUGGUGCUGUCUGCGCCUGAUGAAACAGAAUCCUUGGAGAAAGUGUUAGAUAUACCAUGGAUUUCAAAUAUAUCUAAUGCCAGUGUGUCAUCUCGACGUAAAGAAAUUUCACGUCAUAGGAAACAAAGAUGGAUUUUCAAGAACAGCCAGACUCGUCGCUUUAAUCGGUUAGUAAAAAUGUGUGCAGAAAAACUGGGAACUGAUGCAACACUCGAGGUAUUUGGAAAACUGGGACGGGAAACUGGUGUCAAAGAAUACAAAGCAUUGAUGGAACAUUGUAUUCAGAAGGCCAGGGACAGCGAAGAUGAUGAAGUUUCAUUGCAUGAGAUUCAUAAGGCUUUUCAACUCUUUCGAACAAUGAGAGAACAGGGUUUCCAAAUAGAAGAAAAUAUUUAUGGUCCAUUUCUAAUGUAUUUAAUUGACAUGGGAAUGGUGGAAGAAUUCCAUUUUUUCAGUAGAAUCAUCCGAGAUGAGAACCCUUACUCAAUUUCAAGACUGGGUUACUAUGAAAUGUUGCUUUGGAUUAGGGUUGAUGAUGAGAGUAAAGUUCAGGAGCUAUGCAAUUUUGUUGGACUUGAUAAUGAGGGUGACAGAUAUAGCUUAGCAGAAAACUAUUUGUUGGCACUGUGCGAAAAUGACAGAUUGAAGGAGGUUUUGCAAUUGUCAGAAGUUCUGGACAUAACAAAGGUUUCAUCUUUGCACUGCGUUGCUAGUAUCUUUAACUCCCUAGGGAGGCUAUUACUAGAGAACCUUGCGGAAAAGUUCAUUUUGGCAUUCAAAACCUGUGAUGCAGAAUCUGGAGCGAAAAAUAUGUCAGACUUCAUCUAUUACUAUGCUACUAGCAUGCCAAAUUUAGCGGUUGACGAUGUCAUUCUAAAAUUCAAAUUCUUGCAUGAGAAGCUUGAAGUGGCUCCUUCUUCCACAUCAUAUGAAAAGCUUAUUGUCUACUGUUGUGAUUCACUCAAGGUGCAUGCAGCCCUUAAUUUAGUGGAUCAAAUGUUUCAAUUGGGUUUGACUCUAUCUAUCGACAGUUUCAAUUCAAUCUUACAUGCAAGUGAGGAGGCUUGUGAGCUUGAAUUGGUUCAUCCUAUCUAUUCAGUGAUGCGCCACCAUAACUUGAAUCCAAAUGCCGAGACCUUUAGAAUGAUGAUAAAUUUGUGUGCAAAAAUGAGAGAUUUUCAAAGUGCAUAUAAAAUGCUAAAAGAAUUAGAAGAUUUAAACUUGGUUCCUUCAUCAAAUAUGUACAAUGCGAUAAUGGCAGGAUACUUUAGAGAGAAAAAUAUCAGUGGGGGGUUGAUGGUUCUCAAACAAAUGGAACGUGCAGGUGUAAAACCAGAUACUCAGACAUUCAGCUUUUUAAUUGGAAACUGUGAAAGUGAAGAAGAUAUUAAAAAGUAUUGUGAAGAAAUGCAACAUGCUGGAGUUCAAGCAACAAAGCAUAUUUACAUGGCACUCAUAAAUGCAUAUGUUCAUUGUGGACAGUAUGAGAAGGCAAAACAGGUGGUCUUGGAGCAAGGGAUUCCAGUGAAGAACAUAAAUGAAAUUAAGAGUGUGUUAGUAUCAGCUCUUGCCACAUCUGGGCAAACAGUAGAUGCGCUUAAAAUAUAUGAAGAAAUAAAGCAAGCUGAUUGUAUUGUGGAGCCCAAGGCCAUUUUAAACCUCAUUGAACACAUUCAAACUGAAGGGGAGUUGAGUAGAAUGUUUGAGCUGCUCAGGGAGUUGAAUGACCUUGUCAUGUGGUUUGAUGGGUGUGGCAGAGUUGUGCAAUAUUGUAUCCGAUACAAGCAUCUGAGUUCUGCUGUUGACUUACUCAAGCAGUUAAAGGAUAAAGAUGAAUUGGGUACCGAUGCUGUGUUAGAUCAGGCAUUCUGUCAAAUUUCGGAGAUGGAACCCACAGAUCUGCAAAUAGGAUUGGAUUUGCUCCAAGCUCUCAGGGAUGAACUUGGCAUACUUCCAUCUCGAACAAGCCUAGAUUUCCUUCUCAGUAGUUGUGUAAAUGCCAAAGAUCCGCGAAGUGCUCGGUUGAUUUAUGAUGAGUAUCAAAAAGUCGGUCUUCCCUACAAUGCCUUAACUUACUUAAGGAUGUAUCAAGUCCUUCUGGCUUCAGGGGAACAUACAUCUACAAGGAACAUGCUGAAAAAAAUACCUCAAGAUGAUCCCCAUGUUCGUCAUGUCAUCAUGGCAUGUCAAAAAGUUUACAGCAAUUACAAAUCUGUAAAGAAAAAGAAGAAAUGACCUUAUGCUUGUACGAGCUUUGUAUAAAAAUUGUUGACCCGUUCCUGUCCCCCUUUUUCUUUUGAUGUGUGAAAUUUUCUUUUUAUUUUUAAAGAAAGUUUUCUCACAUGGGUGAAGAAAAAGUACACCGAUCUAGGAUUAUUAUUACUGUGCCACCUACUUGGUAGAAGUCUCUCACCUCAUACUGAUGCAUACCCCACUAUUGGAAUGA